CAUCCAACAACGCAACCAAGAUCAUCACCUCGCCCCUCCCCUGUCGUCGCCAUGUCCUCCAUCAUCAACACCCUCUUUGGCAGUCGCAAAACGCCAGCAGAGCGACUGCGCCAGCAUCAGCGCUCGUUGCAAAAGGCGCAGCGAGAGCUCGACAGGGAAAGGACCAAGUUGGAGCAACAGGAGAAGAAGCUCGUGCAAGAGAUUCGAAAGAAUGCAAAGGAUGGUCAGAUGGCCGCCUGCAAAAUCCAAGCCCGCGACCUCGUCCGCACGCGUCGUCACAUCCAAAAGUUCUACUCUAUGCGCACCCAACUCCAAGCCGUCUCCCUUCGCAUCCAAACGAUGCGAUCCAACCAACAGAUGGGAGAGGCAAUGAAGGGUGCCACACGCGCAAUGGGAAUGAUGAAUCGUGGGAUGAACUUGCCUCAGAUUGCCAAGAUUAUGAGGGACUUCGAGAGGGAGAGUGAGGUGAUGGAUAUGAAGGGGGAGAUGAUCGAUGAGGCCGUCGAUGGGGCUAUGGAGGAUGAAGGGGAGGGAAUUGGCGAGGAGGAAGAAGGAGAUCAGAUUUUGAAGGAGGUGUUGGAUAGUAUUGGGGUGGAUCUGAGUCAGAGUCUCGGGGAAGCACCCACUGCAGCCUUCAAUGCACCCACAGCCGUACCGCAGCAACGUGUAGCCAUCGGAGAAGAGAUGGGAUCAGGAGGAGGCGGAGCAGGAGCAGGACCAUCAGCGGGCUCAGGCCAUCAGCGGGGAGGGAGCACAUCGGGCGGCGGGUCAGGAGGUGCUGGUGCUGGCGGAGGUAUGAGCGACGAGGAUGCCCUGCAAGCACGCCUCGACUCACUGAGAAGAUGAUCGUCUUGACGCGGUGAUGGAUUAGAAGAGAGGGAGAGGGAGAGGAAGAGGAAGAGAGAAGGGUACGACGAGAACAGUGGGGUAGCAGCAAAUCUUCGUGUAUGUCUGUGCCGCACUUUCGCCCCACGCCCUCUCAGUCUCUCCACGAGAAUACCACGUUUGUGUCACGUCCUCACCGGCACCCGAACUC